GAUUCUAUCUCAUCUCCCCAUCAGAAUUUGAAAGAUUUUCCCUUUCGCCAAAGUGGCUGGUGGAACCUCGAAGUCUUGUGAAAGCAUUGGAAAACAGAGAAAACUGCCACGGGCACAGCACAUCUGGCACAGAAAAGACUUCAAAGAAAUCAAACAGCAUUAUGGAAUCAAGACAAACCUCUGGUGAACCAGGUGGUGAUGAAAGAAUGACUGAUAGGCUGAUGGAACACGCUCUCCUCAAUGAUGAAAGUGUUCUGAAGGAAAUCCAGAGUACUCUGGAAGAUGGGAGAGGGAGUUACUACAAUAGAAGUUCAGGAAGAAUCCAAGUAGGACAUACGUUAAGUAAUGGAGGAGGUAAGUUGACUUUAUAUUUUUACUUGUAGUUGAUAUUGAAACAU